AUGGGUAUUAGUCUGCUGGAGGCGAUUCUUCAUGCUAAACAAAUUAUUCAAAGGUGGUCUCCCUCUAAGCGUCAAUUUUCAAUGACCAGUACGGUACUAAUCGAUGUUCCAAAAGGCCAUUUUGCCAUAUACGUGGGAGAGAAAGAGAAGAAGAUGAAGAAGCGCUUCGUGGUUCCAAUAUCCUACUUAAAGCAUCCUUUGUUCCAAGACUUGUUGUUUAAAGCUGCGGAAGAGUUUGGCUUCGAUCACCAAAUGGGAGGCCUCACAAUUCCUUGUGCCGAAGAGGAUUUCAUCAAUCUCACCUCUCGUUUAAAUAGCUAG